CACUUUUUACACUUGAUCCCAAGCAAGCAAGGUGGCCGCUCUCAAGCUUCUCUCUGGUCGGACGCAAUGUGAAUAUCCCAUUAGUCUUAAAAUCUUAUUUUUUUUAACAUAUUCAUCCCAGCUGAGUUCAUCUUGAUUUUGAGAAAUAAAACGAUAUUAGUCAAAGAAUUUGUCACUCAAUAUAAAACAUUUGUAUAAAAUCAUACAUCAUACAUAAUCGAAGAACUUUGAACAUCUAAUUUUAUAAGGUUAGAAAAUUUAUUAUUCAACUAAAUAACUGUUAUAUAUAAUUACCAGAGUGCGACAUAUCUCCAUAUUCAUAGAAAUUUAACAAAUAUAAAUCUAUGGAAAAUCUCACAGAAUAUAGCAUGAAUAAGAGCAUAGACACUUUAUCAGAGGAGAUCGAUGAGUUACUGCUACGAAAGUUAGAGUUAAUAGAAGAAAAGAUUCGUGAAACUAUUCAGAUGGAAUGGUUACUGAAGGAUGGUUACAUUGAGUUGGCAAAAGCAAAAUAUAUUUGUGGAAAGGAAAAUAUUGGUAUUCUGCAGGUACCAAGUAAUACAGAUACCAUGAUAUCCUUAUUUAACUUGGAAACUAAAAUCAUGAAUGAAAAUGAUGAUACAAGAUCAUGUUUUGACAUUAGUUUAAAAAACUUCAAUAAUGAAGUGAAUAAACCAGCAGAUCCUAUAAAAUGGUUUGGUAUAUUAGUUCCACAAAACUUAAAGAAUAGUCAACAACGUUUCCAGGAAUCUGUUUAUCACGCUAUAAAGAUAGCAAAUAUACAAAUGCAACUUGUCUCAGUAUUCUCUAAACUUCAAAAAUUAUAUAUACAAAAAAACAAUUUACUUUGUCAAAAUGGUCUUACAUCUUAAUGGUUUUUUUCUCUAUUGUAUGGGUUUCUACAGAUUUUAUUAUGUUUAAAAAGACUUAGACUUAUGUUAUUUACUAAACUAUAUAUAAAUCUAAUUAUAACAGGAAAAUAUUAUAUUUUUUUGAAGAUGUAAAAAAAUUAAAUUAUUAAAUAAUAUAUGACCUAUA